CAUCCAAUGGGUUAUUUAUUAUUUAUAAUCCCUUUAUCAUCUAUUCGCGUCUCGUGCGCCAAAAUGCUAAUGGCAAAUAUACUUCACAUAUCGAUUUCACUCCAUCCCCUAUCUCUCUCAUAAAUUUACAUCCAACUUGUCGCACAGUAAAUUCCAUGGUCGCAAUAAAUGAAAAAAGAAGAGUCCGUCGCUCUGAAUUUGUCGUGAAUCAACUACCGAGUUUCAUUUCACGAAAUUUUCAUAACCUCAUAAAAACAGUCACCGAUGCAAGGGUCCAAAGAAAUUCCAAGUACUUCGACCCCAUUGAAGGAUGACACCAACGCAAAUGAUACCAACGCAAAUGGUACCAACGAAGACUUAUCUACCCGGACCAGAACACUCACCAACGAGGAAGAAGAAAACGAAUAUACCUGUUGCCAUCGCGCGACGUUCUGUAAUCCCAUAUUACGUGAAAUAAUAGUUACGAAUCCGAUAUCACCGUGCACGCCACAAAUAACAUGGUCGAGCCUAUUUUGGGCCACAAACGUCAUAGGCUUCAUUGUUUUAAGCUGGUGCGCCCUCUUCUUUCUCCUCGGCGACGAAAUGUUACCAGGCGCUCGAAUAUUCGGUCUCUUCAUGCUUACAAUAUUUUCUUACAUAUUGGGCUGGUCAUUCACGUACGUGCCGUACUUGCAUCUGCCCCCAGUCUUUGGCAUGUUAUUGGCUGGUAUAAUAGUUCGCAACGCGGACUUGUACGAUAUCCACGAAGCACUUGGUACGACGACCUCAGCUAAGAUACGGAUAUUCUGCUUAUCCUUCAUUAUGUUACGCGCGGGAUUGAAUUUGAAUACGACGCCUCUGCGUCAGCAUCCCGUUUUCGUAUUGGUACUCGCUGUUCUACCCUGUACCGUCGAGAUGGUGGUGGUCGCCCUCUGCAGCAGAGUUAUCCUUGAUUAUCCCUGGGACUGGGCAUUUAUGAAUGGAACUAUCAUCGCCUGUAUGUCGCCUGUGGUCACUGUCCAUUGCAUAUUGUCAUUGGCUGAACAAGGAUACGGCGAGGAUAAGGGGAUGGCUACUCUCUUGUGUGCAGCUGCCUCCAUAGACGAUGUCCACAUUGUGUCUAUUUUUUCAGUGUUUUAUUCCAUUGUAUUUAGCGACGAUCAAAAGAGAAACGAAUGGUGGGCUUAUAUCCCUGGCGGUUUACGUGACCUGUUACUGGGCCUUAUAGCUGGAACCGUUUUAGGGACAUUCCUCGCAUUUGUUCCACAUAGAAAACAGAAAUACGUUCUUUAUUAUCGCUUCGGCGGACUCAUAGUGGCUUCUCUGGUCUGCACGACAGCGACUCUCAAGUUGGCGGUGACUGGUGGUGGAUUUUUAGCCUGUGUUUUAACUUCAUUUAUCGCAACUACCGGCUGGCGACUUCUCACCGUGUCGUUUGACAUAUCGCCAUUACGCAAAACGAGUAAUGUUAUGUGGUACUUUCUACAGCCACUGAUGGUGGGUGUCAUUGGAGCGGAUAUAGAUUUUCGUGAUUGGACCAUCAGCCGAUUCGGGCUUUACGUCGGCUGCAUCUUGGUUGGGUUGAUUGCAAGAAGUAUAUUUACAGUAGCGGCCACUUUUCGAACGCCUUUCAACAUAAAGGAGAGAAUUUUCGUAGCCCUUGCUUGGCUACCUAAAGGAACCCUACAGGCGGCAUUGGCGCCAAUGGCCUACGAACAAGCAAGCAAGACUAACGAUACCAAAGCUAUAGAGCUGGCUGUGGAUCUUGUGAGAAUAUCGGUAGUGGCCAUUGUAUUUAUGGCGCCUCUUGGCGCUAUACUAAUGAUGCUCACCGGCCCGAUCUUACUGGGCAAAGCCACCCAGGAGGAGAGCCAACGAGAACGCGAGCUCAGCUAUUUGCGUAUUGUCAGUUUGCAGCCGGUAAGACAACGCAAGAAAAAGUCCAAAAGAGAAGCGAUAAACGACGUAGAAGAAACCAUCUAGAAAUGCGUUAUAUGCCUAGAAGGAAGAUUUGUAGGGAAGGGAUUCUUUUGCAUUAAAAAUAAAAGACAGUGUCUGGGAAUCUGUGGAUUUCUUGAUGCUUUGCUAAAUAAAGUGUAUAUCAACGCACACGACAUAUACUAAAGUCCU